CACUGAUAAGUGAUAACGUUAAUAACGUAAUGGUAAGUAAUGGUCGGCGAAACUGGCGAAAGUAAAGUAAAGGAUUAAAAAGAGUAGAGUAAUUAUCGAAGUGUAGAUUAUUGUGUGGUAAUUGAUGAGUUUUAUGGAAUGCCAUAGAUUUUAAUCUAAGUACUCUACUUAAAAUCCAGUUCUAUGGAAUUCGCGCGAUUUGUUUCCAUUUUAUCCCGAGGCCCUUCCUAUCUGGGAAGAAGAUGUAUUCAUUCUCAUAUCAUGGUCAUGCAAAAAUCGAGUCCUCUAGACGGCAAAGUGAAUUUCGAUCUUGAGAAACAUUCAGAAGCAGCGGAGUAUUGGUGGAAUCGCAAAAAUCCUUUACACAAUUUUAAUAAAGUUCGGGUCCCUUUUAUUCGGAACGGUAUUCAUACUACUGGAAUUAGACAUGUGACUGAAAAUAUCGACCGAUCUCGUUUGGAUGGCGUUAAAAUUCUUGAUGUGGGAUGCGGCGGUGGUAUACUUUCUGAGGCUUUGGCUAGAUUGGGAGCCGAUGUUACGGGUCUUGAUAUCAGUGGCGAAUUAAUUACUGUUGCAGAAGAACACCGAGCGCUGGACCGUUCUAUAAAAGAUAAUUUAAGAUAUGUACGCACGUCUAUUCAUGAACACGAGAAGAAUAAUUUUCAAACGUACCGGGCAGUUGUGAUUUCAGAAGUUAUAGAACAUGUCAGUAAUAAGGAAAAAUUUCUUUCAAGCUGUAUCAACGCACUCCAACCUGGAGGAUCAUUAUUUAUCACUUGCCCCAAUAAAACGCUUUUUGCAAGAAUAUUUGCGGUACAAUUAGCAGAAUUACUGAAUAUCGUUCCUAAAGGCACUCAUGAUUUUAAUAAAUUCAUUUCGGUUGAAGAGUUGACAAAAAUGAUCAGAAAAAAAAAUUGUAUCAUUAGAAGUACCGAAGGGAUCGUUUACAAUCCUUUGAGUGGAGAUUUCUCGAUGAGUCGUUUCAAAACCUUCAUGUAUGCAAUUCAUGCUUUGAAAAGGAAUCAAACGGUACCAGCACUAACGUAGUUGAAACGAAGUUUGUCGUUUUUGUAAUUCGUAAAUUUCCGUGUAUCUAUGCUGAUCGCUUGUUCAUAUAAUUAAUGUUAUUACAAAAGUAAGAAAACUGUU